GAUUAUUCGAAUUUUCUAAGAAUAAAAAAGUGAUAUAGGCCGGGGGGAAGGGAAAGAAAAGAACAGAACAGGAAAGAUACUUGCAAGAAAGAAGUAGAUUGUCAAAGCUUUAAUCAAGAACCGGCAAGCAAUGGCAAUGGCAAUGGCAACAUGCUCUUCUCUAUCCAAAUGGCCCAAACCCAACUCCACCUUUCUCUCUUAGAACAAAACCAACCAGCCUUUACUUGUUCUUGAUUCUUGAAGGCUUAUAAUAAUUGUGAUCAAUGGCGUGGAAUUUGAGAACAAAAGGUUUUGAGAUUGGAGAAAGAUUGGUUUAUACUAGUGGAAAUGGAUUCCAUUGGUGGGAUGAGAUCGAUCAGUCUAAGGAUUGGCAAAGAGGCAUUUUCUACUUCUUGUCUGUUUCCUAUGCAUUGGUCUCCAUUGUUGCUCUGCUACAACUUUUCCGCAUCCAAUUAAGAGUACCAGAAUAUGGAUGGACAACGCAAAAGGUUUUCCACUUGAUGAAUUUUGUUGUGAAUGGAUUGAGGGCUAUCCUCUUUGGUCUGUAUAAGGAUGUGUUUCGUGUUAGACCAAAGGCCCUUGAAAUUGUGCUUCUGGAUCUUCCUAGUCUUCUAUUCUUUUCGACAUAUACAUUAUUAGUCCUGUUUUGGGCUGAGAUAUAUCACCAGGCAAGAAGCCUUCCCAUUGAUAAACUCAGGCCAACUUAUUACAUCAUCAAUGGAUUCAUAUACUUCACGCAGGCAUGUAUCUGGAUAUACAUUAGAUUAAGCGGAAGUCCAAUGGGGGAGGAACUAGCAAAACUCUUUUUUUCAGUAAUUUCAUUCUGCAUAGCUCUGGGAUUCUUGAUAUAUGGUGGGAGGCUGUUUGUCAUGCUGAGGCGAUUCCCCAUUGAAUCUAGAGGUCGUCAAAAGAAGCUUUAUGAGGUUGGAUUUGUGACUGGAAUUUGCUUCACUUGUUUCUUGAUAAGAUGUUUUGUGGUUUGCAUUUCAGCCUUUGACAAGAAAGCUGAUCUUGAUGUUCUAGAUCAUCCUCUUCUUAAUCUUAUUUAUUACAUGUUGGUGGAGGUUGUACCGUCUGCUAUGGUGCUGUUCAUCUUGCGGAAGCUGCCUCCGAAGCGUAUCUCUGAUCAAUAUCAUCCCAUAAGAUAAGCAGUCGCACUGUGUUGCAAGCAUUAUCAAGAAUUAACUGUUUCAAUAGAUUUAAGACCAAAACAAAAAGGAAAGCUAGAGACGAUUCUUUGAUUGCUCAAGUUAUUGUUCAAUUUUUUACACUUUCAGCGGAACUUACAUCUCUCUCUCUCUCUCAUGUAUAUUCUAUUCUGAGUACUUCACAGUGUACUUUUGUGUUAAAUGCACUCUUUUGCUGGAUUAGUUUAUUUGGAGGUAUUAUUCAAA